AUGCUCUGUAAACAAAUAUUUAUUUUCCUCUUAAUACAAUUAAUUCCCAUUACUACCGAAACAGCUGAAACAGUGGGUAGUAACAGAGAUUGUAGUUGUCCUAUUGAGGAGACUUUUGAUAGUAAUUUGAAAGAGGGUGUAUUUAAAAGUCCUGGAUACCCCGCCGAAUAUUGUGGUUCACUUGACUGUAAGUGGAAUAUUCUACCAGAAGAAAAUGCUUUUAUUUAUGCAAAAUUGGGAGGAUCAUUUUCGAAAAAAGAUACGAUAUUUUGGAUGUUUAUCAAACAAGAUGGAAUGGUUCGAAGUUAAUGAAGGUUAAACACGCAAGGUCAAAAGUUAUUUUGUU